ACGCUCUGAGUGCGAAGGGGGACAGGCGGCCCUCAAUGGGAAGGUCUCAGUGAAGCGGCAGCCCACCUGUUGGAGCCCAGUGCGGGAGACGGCCGUGCCGGAACCACGCUGAUCGUGGAUCUGCGGGAAGCCCGCUGCACCUGGGAGACAAGAACAGCCCGAACGAUGUCUCCAAGACUAUUGCUCUGCGCUGUUCUGGCUGUGUGCCAGGGGACGCAGACCUGCCGCGGAUUUAACAUAGAUGAACGCUUCCCCGUGAUCAAAGAGGGGAAAACCAAGGGGAGCUUCUUUGGGUUCUCAGUGGCUCUGCACCAACAGACGACGGGCUCCAGGAAAUACCUGCUUCUUGCAGGAGCACCCAAAGAGAAAGCUAAAUCUCUACAAAAUGUCAAUGAAACAGGUGCUGUCUACUUCUGUCCCAUUACCACAGACUCCACUGACUGCUCCAGAAUGGACCUGGUCAGCACAACAAACCCUUCCGAGAUGGUGGAGGGCAUGUGGCUUGGUGUGACAGUGGCCAGCCAGAGGGACCAGCCGGCGGGUCGUGUGCUGGCAUGUGGGCAUCGGUAUGUGAAGAUCAUCCAAGGCGGCACAGAGGAGCAGCGGCGGAUGAUAGGGAAGUGCUAUGUAAGGAGUAAUGAUCUGACCUAUGACCAAUUAGAUGACUGGCAGACUUACAGUUAUGAGGUCUGCAACCCCAACUUCGACAUGGAGCUCGAGGGCAUGUGCAACAUGGGAAUCUCAGGUGGCAUGACAGAGACUGACGUCUACAUCGGCGCCACAGGCAGCUAUGUGUGGCAAGGAAAUGUUCAUGUAACAUGGAGAGAUCCGGAUCCAGUGAAUGCUUGGGACUCUAUAGGCAAAGACUUUGGCCAGCUGAAAAGACGAUACAGUUAUAUGGGUUAUUCAGUUGUCGAAGAGAAGAAGCUGCUGAGCCACGAUGACUACACAGUGGUGACAGGGUCUCCCAGGGAUGAGUCCAGGGGCUCUGUGGUUUUUGGGACAAAGACUAACACCAUCAUCGAACCGGUGCUCAUCAUCCCCGGGGAGCAAGUGGGCUCGUAUUUUGGGAGCAGCCUGGCUGUCACCGACCUCAACAAUGAUGACUGGAAUGAUCUGAUCGUGGGUGCCCCAUUUUACUUUGACCGUAUGAACGAUCAUGGUGGAGCAGUGUAUAUCUUCAUGAAUGAGAAUGGAUCUUUCCAAAAGACCCCCACCGCAGUACUGAAGGGUCCAUCGGCUUCUGCAUUUGGCUUUGCAGUUGCUGCCAUUGGUGAUGUUAACCAAGAUGGAUUCCAAGACUUUGCAGUGGGAGCUCCAUUCCACGACGCAGGAAAGGUCUACAUAUGGAUGGGAAGUAAAAAGGGAAUCUCAGAGAAGCCCAGUCAGGUGAUUGAGGGUAAGACAGUAGGUAAUAAUGGAUUCCAGACCUUCGGCUACUCCAUCAAUGGAGGGAUGGACAUGGACGACAACAGUUACCCAGACAUCUUAGUUGGCUCUCUGGAUGACCGCAUUGCCCUACUCAGAGCUCGACCAGUCAUCCACCUAACCAAGGACUUCAAUGUUGAGCCAAAGAUUGUGGACCCCAAUCAGUGUCCUGGAAAUACACCGUGCAUUAACGCGACUCUGUGCAUGUCUUUCACUCUGAGCAAUGGAAACAAAGACUUCAAGAAAAAUAUCACGGUGAAGUACACAGUGGAGGUAGACAUGGAGAGGAGAAGAAUCCCUCGAGUUCGUUUCAAGAGCAAUAAUGAUGGCACCUAUACCGGGUUGCUGAGCCUGCCGUCUUCCAAAUCCACGUGUCAUACUCUAAACCUGGUUGUAGUGGCAUCUGUGAUGGACAAACUGGAGCCGGUGGUCUUUUCGCUUAGCAUGUCCUUACAUGAACAAAAACCUAAAGUCAGACGUUCCCUGCAGAACCUGGACUCCUUCCCAGUUCUGAGCCAGGAGCAGAAACUCACUCAAAGAACUGAGAUUAACUUUCAGAAGGAGUGUGGCUCAGACAACAAAUGCACCAGUAACCUGCAGCUGACAGCCCAGUUUGUUGAUGAUGAAGAAAAGCCUUACCCCAGGCAGGGCAAAUUCCAGGUACUUCAGUUCAACAGCAAUAUGAAGAUAAUAAGGCUGAAGGUGGAGGUGACUAACUUCCCUUCCAGGGGGAAGCUGGCUGAGGACGCCCAUCAGGCCAUACUCAACAUCACCAUCCCUGACGCACUGAAAUACUCUGGCGUCAGGUCAACGGACCAUGAUGUGCAAUGCAAUUUUGACAGCACAGUGACUUGUGACCUGGGGAAUCCACUUAAAGGCAAUGACAAGGUGUCGCUUGCCCUCAAGUUUGAGACCUUGGGGAUUAAUCUGUACACACAAGAGAUUGAGUCCCAGCUGCUUCUGUCCACUCUUAGUGAACAGAGUGACCUGAAGCCUGUGCCAGUGGCCCUGCUGAUUGAAAACACAAUUCUCCCCUCCUUCACCAAAGCAAAGGACUCGGUGCAAACAAAAUUCGGUGGGACAGUGAUGGGCGAGUCAGCCAUGGUAAACACCAGUGACGUGGGCAGUCUGGUGGAGUUCACCUUCAAUGUGAACAUGAGGGGACAGCCCCUGGGAGACUUGGGGACCCUGGCUGUGGAGUUUGAGUGGCCCUUUGAGGUAGCCAAUGGAAAGUGGCUGCUGUACCUGACGAAGAUUGUCGUUACGGGGGAAUCGGAGAUGGAGUGUAACCCUGCUGAAACAGUUGUCAACAUGCUGAACUUAACUUUGUCAGGCAGCGGACCUAAGCGAGCUAAACGGCAGAUCCUGGUGGAUGAUGUUCAUGAUACCACCCAGCCACAUAUCAUUGAGCCACAGGCAUCCAUCACACUGGUCACUCAUCGAAAAGAGACCUACGUGUUGGAAUGCUCCGAGGGGACAGCAAAAUGUGUGAAGUUUAGCUGCCCACUGCUCAACAUGACGGAUUCAGCCAAGAUUUAUGUUCGAUCCCGUUUGUGGAACAGUACAAUGCUAGAGGACUAUUCCAACGCUCUGGGAGUUAAGGUCAAAGGUCAAGCCACACUGAAGCUCAUUACAGACAAACCAACCAUCAAGAUGGACAGUCAGACCCUCAUGUUCACCGUAGAAAUAGAACCAGUGGAGGGAGUGGAAAUACCCUAUGAGCUCCCGCUGUGGAUCAUCAUCUCAGCAGCAGUAGCAGGAAUUCUACUUCUAGGCAUCAUUAUUCUUAUCUUAUGGAAGUGUGGCUUUUUCCAGAGGGCCAGCAGGAGGGAGAUGUAUGAGGCCAAGGCCCAGAAGGCUGAGAUGAAGAUCCAGCCCUCUGAGACAGAGAGGCUGACUGAGGACUACUGAGGCCCCCAGGGGUCCCUAAACAGAAAACACCAGUGGGGCUUUUGGCUUGGAUUCUUUAAGCGAGCCGUCUACUACCGGAUAAUGCCAAAGCACCAAGGGGUGAAAAUUCGCAAGGCUGAGCGCUAUCAGUUCAAUCUGGGAUUUCAGCCUGAGGAGCCACAGAAAAAGUAUUGGAUCACCAACUGGACAGAGAUGCAGCAUUACUACUACUGAGGCCUUUACUUUGAACCCUGAACCACUCACCAUCACACUGGCACGGGCCAAUCAAAUAGCACUGGGCUCGCCUGAGCCACAUGGACUUUGCAGUGCAUGGACCAAUUGUAGAUAAAGCAUUCAGUUAGAAACUUUUUUAUUUUUUAGUAGAUUUCAUCAACUCUUUCAGUGCAAUAUACUGAACAGUUUUGUUUCAGAGAUUGUAAUUUGUUAAGUAUUUUUGAAGAAUGCAGUGUUGUACAUUGGAAUUGGAGUUGCAUUCAAGAGUCAUUUGUAAGUUGUUUUGAUUACAUUGCAGGUUUUUAAAUACUGAGCUCUGUGUUUGCAUGCACACUUUCAUUUCUUUUCAUUUUUUCUCUUUGAAUCGUCUAAGAAAAGUUACUGGUCACGCAUCCUGUUUAUUUCCAUCAUGUCUGUUUUCCUCUCUAAUCAGAGGAAUGAGUCUAUUGAUUUUCUCUGUGAUUGUAUAUGCCCUUCCUGCUCUGUCGCCAGGCAUCACUUUGUGGUCAGUGGUUGUAGGCUAUGUAAAGCUUUAAAACCUACAUCGGUCAUUUUGGAGAUCAUUUUCCAACUGCACUUAAAAUAUGUUGACCAGUAUCCACUCUGUUAUGAGUGAAGAAGUGGCUCUCAUAUGCAAACAUGACUUAGAAAUGACGCAGAAAUAUUACUUCCCUGAAUUCAGGGAAUAAGUACAGAGAGAUACAGAGAAAAAGGGGUACUCAUUGGUGAAUUAUACAUUUUAUAGCCCAUUGGGAUAUAUUCUAAUUGUCCACAUUAAAUUCCAUGGCAAGAGUCAUCAAAGCAACCCUGCAACAAGACGAAAAGGAGUAGGUUCUUGUUUAUAUGUAGAAUUAUUCAACAUUUGAUGAAGAGAUCAUGGGAGCACAUUUAAUGAUUAUUUAUUACACUGUCUUGUUUUAUUACAGUAAAUAACCUGUCUGGAUAUCUUAAAAUAUAUCACAUACAGGAAGUCACAACACUGGAUUAAAGAAUACAU